ACGGAACAGAGGUACCGCAGUUUGAAACGCACUCAAUAAGCCCGCCAAUGCGCGUGCACGUUAUUCGCAGUCGUGCUGCCGGGAUGUGCUGCCAUCUAGCGGUGCUGCGAACAACGAACAGUCCACUUCGGGCGCCGUUUGACCGCCAAGCGCCACCUGCUUCAAAGGCGCACGCGCGACGCGCACAGGAACAGACCCCGUGACGUAGCUCAGUCAUGUUUAGUGAAUUGCAAAUGGUGGACGUCUGUUGUCGCGAGUGUCGUGUUCCCCGAAAAUAAUGAUUUGCGUGCGGUUUAUAAUGGGUUGAAGGUUGGGUGGCGUGUUAAAUGAAUUGGUACUAUGCAAGUGCGUGUAGUUUAAUUGCGCCAUAGUCUUCACGUAAAGCGCGCAGCAAUGGCGACGGAUAAAAUAAAAGUGGCGGUGCGGGUCCGUCCAUUUAACAGAAGAGAACUCGAACUCGGAACAGAAUGUGUUGUCGAGAUGGACAGCCAGCAGACCAUCCUGCACCACCCCAACACUCUGGACAAGAUAGAAAGGAAGCAGCCCAAGACGUUCGCCUUCGACUCAUGCUUCGACUCCCUGGACCCGGCGCUGCCCGGCUUCGCCAGCCAGGAGGAGGUGUUCGACAGCCUGGGCCGCGACAUCCUGGAGAACGCCUUCGAGGGCUACAAUGCGUGCAUCUUCGCCUACGGCCAGACUGGAUCGGGCAAGUCCUACACCAUGAUGGGCGGCCGCGACAGCAAGGGCAUCAUCCCCAGGCUGUGCGACGCGCUCUUCGACACGAUCGCCAAGCGCCAGAGCGCCGAGCUGUCCUACAAGGUGGAAGUGAGCUACAUGGAGAUCUACAACGAGAAGGUGCACGAUUUAUUGGAUCCCAAGGCCAACAAGCAGUCCCUCAAGGUGCGGGAGCACAACGUUCUCGGGCCUUACGUGGACGGCCUGUCGCAGCUCGCCGUGACGUCGUUCCAGGACAUUGACACCCUCAUGGCGGAGGGCAACAAGUCUCGCACCGUGGCGGCCACCAACAUGAACAGUGAAUCGUCCCGCUCGCAUGCCGUCUUCUCUGUCAUAGUCACCCAAACUCUAACCGACACUCAGAGCGGAGUGUCGGGGGAGAAGGUGUCCCGAGUUUCUUUGGUGGAUUUGGCCGGAAGCGAAAGAGCUGUGAAGACUGGUGCUGUAGGAGAUCGCUUGAAAGAGGGAUCGAAUAUAAAUAAGUCGCUUACUACCCUUGGUCUUGUCAUAUCAAAAUUAGCUGAUCAGUCUGCUUCAUCGAAGAAUAGGGACAAAUUUGUUCCAUACCGAGAUUCAGUUUUGACAUGGCUCCUGAAGGAUAAUCUUGGUGGUAAUAGUAAAACUGUUAUGGUUGCCACAAUCUCACCAUCAGCAGAUAAUUAUGAGGAGACACUCUCAACAUUGAGAUAUGCUGACCGAGCCAAGCGAAUUGUCAACCAUGCCGUGGUCAAUGAAGAUCCCAAUGCAAGGAUUAUUCGUGAGCUACGACAGGAGGUCGAAGCUCUACGUGAAAUGCUCAAGCAUGCCACGGUAGGCCAUGCCAUUCCAGCCUUGCAACGAGAGGACAUUCAUGAAAAAAUUAGUGAAAGUGAAAAAUUGAUGCAUGAAAUGAGUCAGACGUGGGAACAGAAACUUGAGAAGACUGAGAGACUUCAGCAAGAACGUCAGCAGGCAUUGGAGAAAAUGGGUAUAAGUGUUCAAGCCUCCGGUAUUCAAGUGGAGAAAAAUAAAUAUUAUCUAGUAAACCUGAAUGCUGAUCCAUCAUUGAAUGAAUUACUUGUGUACUAUUUAAAGGAAAGGACACUUGUUGGAGCUAAAGGAGCAGAGUCAGAGCAAGAUAUUCAAUUAUCUGGCUUAGGCAUCCAACCAGAGCACUGUGUGAUAGUCAUUGAGGAUGGUGGUCUUAUUAUGGAACCUCGAACCAGUGCUCGGUGUUUUGUCAAUGGCGUGCCAGUUGUAAACCGCACUCCUUUACAUCAUGGUGAUCGUAUUUUGUGGGGAAAUCAUCAUUUCUUCCGAGUCAACUGUCCAAAAUCUUCCUCUGCUACCUCUUCAGAGCCACAGACCCCUGCACAACCUAUAGAUUACAAUUUUGCAAGGGAGGAACUCAUGUUAAAUGAAUUGAAUAAUGGACCUAUUCAGUCUGCCAUUGCACGUUUAGAGCGUCAGCAUGAAGAAGAUAAACAAGUUGCAUUAGAAAAACAGCGCCAAGAAUAUGAGAAACAAUUUCAACAGUUAAGAAACAUCAUGUCUCCAUCCACGCCUUAUUCUCCUUAUGUGCCAUUUGAUCCUAUUCGUGUUGGGAAAAUUACUCCAAACACACCAACCACUCAAAUGCGUGUAGAGAAAUGGGCACAAGAAAGUGAUGAAAUGUUCAAGCGUAGCUUGGGCAAUUUGAAAGCAGAUAUAGUCAAAGCCAAUGCCCUGUGCCAAGAAGCAAAUUUCUUAUCUGAAGAAAUGGGGCGUCAAACAAAAUUCAGUGUCACUUUACAAAUUCCUCCUGCUAAUUUAAGUCCUAAUCGAAGGAGGGGAGCAUUUGUGAGUGAACCUGCUAUUUUAGUCAAACGUAAAGGUAAAGGUAGCCAAGUCUGGUCUAUGGAUAAGCUUGAGAACAAGCUGAUUGACAUGAGAGAUCUCUACGGAGAUGGCAAAGAGCAUGACCAGGAUGAUGCAUGUGACCCAUUUUAUGAGUACUCUGAAAAUCAUAACCUAAUAGGCGUUGCCAACAUAUUUUUGGAAGUGCUGUUUCAUGAUGUCACUCUUAAUUACCACACACCAAUUAUUAGUCAACAAGGAGAGGUUGUUGGGCGUCUGCAGGUGGAAGUCAGUAGAAUCUGUGGAACAUUCCCUCAGGACAGAACUUGUGAAGCAGGGUCAGAGUGCUCUGGGGAUAGUGGAAGAGAUGAUGAUGGUGUUCAUGGAACAUCAACCAUUACCUGUCGAGUGUCUAUUAAACAAGCUACUGGUUUGCCUCCAUCAUUAUCAAACUAUGUGUUCUGUCAAUAUUCUUUCUGGAAUCACUCAGAUGUUCAAGUGGUCUCUGCUGACCCCUCCAACUUCACAUUUAACCAUGACCAAGACUUCACAAUUCCCAUUACUGAAGAGUUUAUAGAGCAUUGUUCAGAAGGUGCCCUGUCGAUCGAAGUCUGGGGUCAUAGAAGUGCAGGUUACACUCGAACGAAGCCAGGCUGGGAGGUUGAGCAUCAACUUGCUAAAGCUCGUUCUUUAGCUGACAGGUGGAGUGAGCUCACACGAAAAAUAGAACUUUGGGUGGAAAUUCAGGAAGUAAAUGAUGCAGGAGACUAUGCUCCUGUAGAAGUGCUACCUCGCCCGGACAUUCAGACUGGUGGUGUCUACCAGCUUCGUCAAGGCCAACAACGACGAGUUUUGGUAGAAGUGCGACCUGUCCACAAUUCCGGAACUCUUCCAAUCAUUUGCCAGUCCAUUGUUACAAUUGCUGUGGGAAGUGUGUGCAAAAGAUCUAAACUUCAAAUGGCCCUGGAUUCUUAUCAGGAAGAAGAUCUUGCAGUGUUACGAGAAAAAUGGGGAGAGGCUUUGUUACGAAGACGUCAGUAUCUUGAUCAGCAAAUUCAACGGCUCAUAAACAAGCAGGAUAAAACUGAAGAAGAUGUAGAAAGAGAACAUAGCUUGGUGAGCCAGUGGGUUAGUUUAACUGAGGAACAGAAUGCUGUUCUCGUUCCAGCUGCUGGAUCUGGUAUUCCAGGUGCACCUGCUGACUGGAUUCCUCCUUCAGGAAUGGAAACACACAUACCUGUUCUCUUCCUUGAUCUAAAUGCUGAUGAUCUCUCAACAAGUCAGUCAGGUGAAGAAGUCCCUACUACAGGAAUCAAUUCAAUUUUGCCCAAAGAACUGGGAAAUAAAUUUUACAGUUUACCUAUCAUUCGAAGAAUGGAAAAAGAUGUAUGUGCAGUUGCGGCAUGGGACUCAUCAAUCCAGGAUAAUGUUCACCUAAAUAAAGUUACAGAAGCAAAUGAGCGAGUAUAUUUAAUACUGAAAACCACUGUGAGGCUCUCUCAUCCUGAUCCAAUGGAUCUAGUUCUGAGGAAACGUCUCAGCCUCAACAUUUACAAGCGCCAAUCAUUGACUGAACGCAUCCGUAAGAGGAUUGUACGAACUGAUUAUUUGACUAGAACAGGUGUUACAUAUGAAAUGGUUUCAAACAUUCCAAAGGCAAGUGAAGAGUUAGAAGAAAGAGAGUCACUUGCACAGAUUGCUGCCUCUGGUGAAGACACGUCUCUUAGCGAUGGAGAAACAUACAUUGAAAAAUAUACUAGAGGAGUAAGUGCUGUGGAAAGUAUACUGACCCUUGAUCGAUUAAGGCAGAAUGUUGCUGUGAAAGAGUUGCUCCACACUCAAGGACAACCUUUGUCAAUGCGAAAAACUUGUAGUGUUCCCAACUUUUCUCAGAUCAUGCGAAUGGAUUCAGAUGGAAACGUUGCUCGCUCUGAAAGCUUUACAGACCUUGCUGAUGUUUUGGCUGGUGGCAGCUUUAGCAUCAGGGACUCUCGUCCACUAAAUCGGUCCAGUCUUGGUGGUUUUGUCCGAAGUGCGUCUGAGAGUGUGGAUCUAGCUCAUCUUGCUUCAUCGGGCAGCAAACCAUUCGGAAUUGGCUCCAUUCUGUCAGCACGCCCUACAUUCCUCAAUCUCAACAUCAAUCUAAACACAUUGCGGCUGCAGCCUGGAUCUAAGUCCUCGCCCAACACCAAGUUGACAACUCUUCAUGAAGAGCAAUUAGGAUCAUCAACGGCUCUUGACAUCUCUCCUCAUGAAGAAGAUUGUGAUGAGGAUGACGAUGAAGAAGUUAGUACCAAAACACAGGUACUUGCUGAAGGUCGCAUUGAAGAACCAACAUUAGUGACUCAAGUUGAUCCAAAUCACGAUGAGCUCAAUCUUCAAAGUGAUGUUGAUGGAACGCAGUCUGAAUCAGUGGAAAGUUUAGGACAGGAGACAGAUGCUGAAGUAGAAACAUUGAUUGGAGUUGCAUCAGAACUGAGAGCUGAUCAUGACAACAGCAUUGAGGAGGAAGAAGGCAAUGAAAUGGUUGAUGUGAAAGAUAAUAGUAAACAGGAGCACACUAUUUCCUCUGGGGCUGCCAGCAGCGAAAAUCUCUUGGAUGCUGACAUUGGUACUUUGAGUGAGCCAGAGCUAGAUUCUUACCAGGUUAAAUCAGGCAGCCUAGACCAGAAAGCAUGCAAAGUAAUGCCAAGCUCACGGACACUUGAUUCUAUUGUUGAAUUACAGUCAGGAAAAAUCUGGACUCCAAGCUCAAGCUCAAGUGGGUACGGCUCGCAAGCAGUUUCUUCAAGCAAUUUAUCGAGUGAAGAUUCGGUCUCAAUUAAAAGUAUCAGUGCUGAUGAUACUCCUGAUACAGAAUCAGCUCGAGGACCUGUGUUUGUAGAGCUACCCCCUUUGUCAGAAGUAACAGCUUCAAAUCAUGUGAAAUCAAACACGAACCAAUCCGAUGUGGUUCCAUCAACAAGUCCUGAGAAUGAUCAAGAUGCAGAAGAAGUCAUUGAUCCUUCUUGUGAUGUUAAUGAGAAUGAUUCCAUGUCUGUCAGUCAGUCAGCAAGCUUUUGUGAUGAAGACUCCCCCUAUGAGGGCACAUCUGUUGUUCAUACUGCCCUCCCACCUGGAAAGGUGGUAAGAAGGAAGAAAACACCAAAUCGCUCAUCAAAUCAGAACCAUAGAGCAUCAUUCCCCAUCGCUAGACCCCAAACUUCUGACAGUAAAUCUGCAGAGAAACUUGAACAAAGCUUAUUUUCUUCAAGUUCUCCUCAAAAUAUGAAUGGUGACAAAAAUUCCAGCAUGGAAAAGCUUUCAGGCGAUGAUGAAGGUGACAUGUACGGUUCUCGUAAAGACCUCCACCGGCUGUCGGAGGCACCAAUCCCAGACUGGGUUCUUAUUGGCGAGAGUGUCAUCAUUCGGCCUUACAAUUCAACAGGUGUUGUUGCUUUUGUUGGACCAACAGAAUUCUCUCAUGGGACUUGGGUUGGUGUAGACCUCGAUGCACCCACAGGGAAGAAUGAUGGUACUGUGCAAGGAGUACGUUACUUCACUUGUCGGCCAAAGCAUGGAAUUUUUGUUAGAGCAGAUAAAUUAAUUCAAGAUAGAAGAGGGCGUGCCAUGCGCCAUGGGGAUCUUUCAUCCAAUGCUGGUUCUCUCAAACACAGUACGAGUCGAGGUGAAGGUUUAUCCACACUUCAUCGCUCCAGAAGUAGAGGAGAAAACCUUAGCUCAGUAGGAACUACAAGUAGGUCAUCUUCCAAAGGAAAGUAAAAUUGAUUGCAGAAUACCAGCCAGUUUCCUCCCUGCCUGCUUCUCAGUGUGAAAUGCUACAAUUCACUCAAUGGUGCAACUGUUGUGAGCAGAAGAAAAAAAGCUUCUCUCUAUGAAAGUUGUUUUCCUUCUCCCAGGAGUGUGAAGUGUAUAUAUUUUAUACUAUGUUGUCUACAAUGGAUACACUCUUGCAAUAAUGUUGUUUACAAUGUGGUUUUUCUUAUGAAGUUAAUUUAUCUUUCUUCCCUGAUGUUUAUUUUAAAAAUUUAGAUGUAAAAAUUGUGGUGCAUUUUUUUUAAACAAAUUUUAAUAACAUCAGAAUUGGUCAUUAGUCCUAGGAUGUUCUGUGCUGCUCUUGGAGCCACCUGAUUGACUCAAUCUUUCUAGUCUCAUUAACUUUUCAUUUUUGCUCCAUAGACACAAUAAUUUGUAACAAUCAUAUUGAGUUUCUCUCGCCCUCUCUAUCCGUCUUUAUCAGAAACUCCUUGUGAAUGAGCUAUGCUACAGAAUUUUAAUGGGUCCAAUUAAUCAAAGUAAAAGUGGAUUCCUUUUCUUUGAAUUAAAUUUUGCGACUGUCAUAAAAUUGUACCUUUACAAAUUAACUCAAUGAACGAAUUUUCAAAUUUAUCUGCUACUCACCUAAAGCCGAGCAAGAACCAUGUUUAUACCCAUUAUAUCCCCUUGAACUGUGUACUUGUUCACCUGGUGUUAAACAUAAAGAUCAUCAUUGAAAAAACAGAUUUCCUGUAGACUGUAGUUUCAUAAAGGAGUUUCUUUUUUAUUAGAUUAUUAUUAAUCAAGUUAAUGUUGGCAUUCAGUUUAGUUAAUUUAAAACAGCUUCAUUCGUUCAUUUGAUAGAAAGUGGCAUUGUACACACAUAUCCUUAUUGUCCUUAGAGCUAACUCUGUCAUCUUCCUUUGUUCCUCUGUGUUUCUUCCUCAGUAAAAAGUUCUCUGCCCCUCUGUUGCCAAAAAAUUAGAAAUGAAGUGCUGCCUUAGUUUUCCUUUCUAUUUCUUCUUAUUCUUAUUCUUCUCCUCCUUGUUCUAUUAUUAUUUAUGUGAAUCUUCACAGUUCAUUGUGGGAGUGAUUGAUGCAUAAACUGUUCUUUUGUCUCUAAUCACUAUGUACAUACAUUCCCUUUUCAUGAGCAUACCUUUGGAUUUGAAUUGUGCCACAGUUUUUGUUAAAACAGGGAACAAAGAUGAGAGAAAUGUGUGCUAUGAACUGCUGUAAUUUUGAAUUGACUGCCUCUGUUGGUCCCCUUUUUAUAGUGCACUUUUCUUGCACCUAUGCAAUGCCUUUUUCAGUAUGUCAAUGAUUUGAUAUGACAGUGGGUGCAUAAUGAGUUGGUUGCUUUUAUCAUGCAAGACUCCGUGUGGAAGAAAGAAAGUCCUUCUUGUUCAUGCUUAUGGAUGAUUCAAACUGCAUAUUUUCAGAGCCAUGCAUUUAGCAAUUUUUAUUAUUAUUUUUUUAUGUGAAAUGUGUGAGCAUCUCAGUGGUAUGGAAGUGUAUCUGUAAUAUGAUAGGCACAAAUAGCUUGAUAAUCAUGGAGAACCUUAGAGAAAUUGAGAAGUCUUUAAACAUUUCUUGUAGUAGUUGCUGACUAUUUUGUGUAGAGUUGUUAGAAACUAUUUGUACAUUUUCUGUACAUAUUUUAGAUCAUAUGUUAGUCUUACAGCAUAGGUAGCCUGUUUACUUUAGUCUCUCAGUCAUUUUUAGCGCUGGUGUGUUCUUAUUUUCCUUAGGUCAUUGUCUUAAAAAUGAUAAUCAGUGUGUAACAUUCUAGUCUUGUUUGUUUGUCUUCUAUUAAAGGAUGAAUUUUGACAUCAAAAAGUGCUGUAUGUUGCCACCGAGUGCAAGUUAAUAUGUGGUAGCACUCUCUCUGGGUUUCAAUUGCUGUAGCAAUAUGUUUGGGAAAUUAAAGUAUUUAAUGCAUUUCUUAUCAGACUAGGUUUCUCAGUAAGCUUAGCUGGUACUUACUACCAUAGCUGCAUAAUAAGUAAUGCCUAGCAAAUGUUCAUGUUUCUCCACAAGAUGUAGUCAAGUCCAAUGCAUUGUAUGUAUCAGAAGCCAAGACAUUUGGAAUGAAAGUACAAGUGUUUGGUGUUGUGCUUAUGUUCUUCAUUAAUUAGGCCAUGCGAAUAGUUUUUGUGUCAAAAUCAUAGUACAGUACCUCAUUAUGUCCAGUCUCAGUUAACGCUGACAGUUUGAAGAUUUGUUUCUGCAUGAACUUCAAUUCCUCCAACACAAAAAUUAUAUUAUCUUCUUGUACAUUUUUUAUUUGUUUUAUUUUUUAGGUAAAAGUGGACGGGUCAUAACGAUCAUUUUCUUGUUUUGAUGUGUUUAUUUUUCCUGUUGUUAAGUUUCUACUCAAGAUGUUCUUUGUGUAGAAAAUGGUUUUCUGUGAUAGUGGUUUUGUUUAUACAGCUCAUGACCAUCUCUCUUCUUUGAAAUUCUACUGAAAGUACAUCAAGUAUGUAUUUGCUUGUAUUGACGAGGAUGAUAGGAAGUAUCUAGAGCUGUAACUUGUUGUCAAUUUUGCUUUAAUGAUAAACAGCUCCAGUGGUUUAAGUUACAAUCGAUUGAUAUUGCUUUAUACUUUUAUUUAGUUUCCAAUUUAUGUGUGUAUGGUUUUUUUUUUUUGGUUUUAGUGGACUGUCCUUGUUUUGUUAUGAUCAUUUUGAAACUAGUUGUCUCCCUCCUCUUAAAAACCAAGAAAAGCAAUUUUAAUUGUUUAUGUGAACUUGAUUCCAUCCUCAUCCUGACACUUAAGACAUUUUGAGAUGUUACUUUAUUCCUUUAUUUAUAAUUUUAUGGCUGUAUGCUUAAAUUUUCAUUGUUUGAGGUAAAUAUUUUCCCCAGGUAUUACCAUUCCUUGAUAAUGUUUCUCUUAUGAACCAAGUGACACUUGCCCAAUUUCAUUUCAAUGGAUAGGGUAUGUUGUUCUUGUCAAGGAGGACGGAUUUUUUGUGCUACUUGUGGUAAUGUGAUAAUGUAUCUCCAGAGUGUCGAAAUUGUGAUUUACUUUCGUCCAAAAUGAUACAAAGUAAAAUGUGCCAUUAGCUGUUCCCUGUUGGCAAAGUAUUGUUGCCCAACGUUUAUAUUAAGUCUGUUUUUAUUAAAGCGCAUGUUUAUUAGGUUGGAGUUAAAAUGAAUGGCAGUGUUUGAAGGUGAUUUCUCUACAAACUGUUGUAACGGAAACAACAGACAAAAUAUGGAGCUGAUGUUUUGCUGUCAGUUAAAUGAAAUUUGUCAGAAUAGGGAAGGAUUCAUGAAAAGAAGCAGGAAACUUUUGAACACAUUUUUUAGUUUCAUGAUAUCAACUACAAUGUUUUUCUCAUGAACUGUUUGAAGUGGCUGAAUGUGCGCUAGGUUUCAAUUUUAUCUUUUCAGACUUAUCAAAAAUGCUUGAUAAAGUAAUAUGUCAUUUUAUUUGUUCCCCAUUCAAAGUUUGGUUUUUCAUUUGUUUUGUAAGUGACUUAAUGAAUUUAUUAAACACCAUACAUUUUGACUUGCACAAGUAUUAUGUACAAAAUGAUUGAUGUUGUGUCGUCAGCAUUUUGUUGGUUGUGUUAGAAACAGACUAAAGCCUCCUCUUGUUUCUGUGGCACCGUAUGCUGUCUGGUACUUGCAUCGUAUUAUAUUAGUAAUAUUCAGCUGUGAUUAAAAUAUUUAAGUCUAGACAUUAUUUAUUUUAGGUUUUACCAACCAAACAGUAGGAAAUGUCUCUUUUGGAACAUGCCACUAAUCUUUGCUGUGUGGUCUUUGUUACAAUUUUUAUCUUAAUUUUGUUCCUAAUGACUUUCAUUGUGAUGUUGGAAGCACUGGAUUGGAUUGUGGAGCAGUACCCUGUAAACUUUAGCACUAAGAACAAGAAGGUUGUUGAACACCUCUGAUUGACUUUGGCUUUUGUGAAAGGCCUUUUAAUUAAACCCUCCAUUUUCAUCAGUGUCUUUGUAUAAACAAAAGGGGAUCAAAACGUCCCUUGAUUUGUGAGGUGCUUCACUACCUAAUUUAUUUUCAGUCAUAAAUUAUAUGAGCAUUAAGAUGUUUUGUUAUUUGCUGUUGUUUUUGUACAUAAAUUCAAAUACACACCAUUUUAAUGCACUGCUUGAAA